AUGAAACUAUAUAUUUUAUUAAUUUUUACAACAAUUAUUGUAAUAAUAAAAUCAUCAACAUCAUCAUCAUCAUCAUCAUCAAAUGAGCCAAUAUCUUAUAACGGAUGGGAGUUAGUUUUUGAAGAUGAGUUUGAGGGUAAUACCUUAAAUAUAAACAAUUGGAAUCCGAUAUUUCAAUCAUAUGAUUAUAAUGCAGAAUUGGAAAUUUAUUUACCAGAGAAUAUUGUUGUGGAUAAUGGAUACUUAAAUAUCAUGUCAAAAAAAGAACAAUACCAAUCUCAUAAUUAUACAUCAGGUAAAUUGACAAGUUCACAAAGGUUUAAUACAACAUUUGGCAGAAUUGAGGUUUCUGCUAAAUUACCAAUUGGUAAAGGUUAUUGGCCAGCUAUAUGGAUGAUGCCAGAAACCGAUGCUUGUUGGCCAUUGGCUGGGGAGAUUGAUAUUAUGGAGUCAAUUGGUAUUGAUGAUUUAAUUUAUGGUACAUUCCAUUUUAGUGAAAAGUGUGGGGUUAAUGGCCAAGAGGGUGGUAAUGUAACAGUUCCAACAUUUAAUCAAGAUUUCAAUUUAUACAGUGUUAUCUGGGAUGAAAACCAAAUCAUUUGGAUGGUCAAUAAUGUUCAAUAUUUCCAAAUUAAAAACAGUGAUAUUUUCCCUAUACCAAGUACCAUUCCAUUCUACAUUAUAUUAAAUACUGCUGUAGGCGGUGACUGGGGUGGCUAUCCUGACGAACAAACUGUAUUUCCACAAAACUUUACAAUUGACUAUGUUCGUGCCUAUAAACAAGAAAGUAAUAUCUAA